GCGGGGAGAUGCCUCCGCCGGAGGGUCUGGCUGAGCCGGGACUGAGGCAGGCAGAGUCCUUGCAAGGCGCAGGUGGACGGGGAGGGAGCGCGCCCCGGCGGGAGUGCUGCUGCGGAGGCCAUGGGUGUGGACGUGGAGACCAUCUCGCCAGGCGACGGAAGGACAUUUCCAAAGAAAGGUCAGACGUGUGUGGUACAUUAUACAGGGAUGUUACAGAACGGAAAGAAGUUUGAUUCUUCCCGUGACCGAAACAAGCCUUUCAAGUUCAAGAUCGGCAGGCAAGAAGUCAUUAAGGGCUUCGAAGAAGGAGCUGCACAGAUGAGCCUGGGACAACGAGCAAAACUGACUUGCACACCUGACAUGGCAUAUGGAGCCACAGGUCAUCCUGGAGUUAUCCCCCCAAAUGCUACUCUCAUUUUUGAUGUGGAGCUACUUAGGAUAGAGUAACUCAGAGCAACUGACUGAAGACACCUGUCAAUAACGUCCCAUUCUCUUCCCCCUUUCCUUCAAUGGGGAACAUCUCCACUGGAAUUUCUGCCACUCCCGCAGUCAUACCAACAAUGCCUCUAUUUGAGGUUGUUUUCUCACUUUCUUAAUUUUUUUAAAGAAUGUUGUUGGUGUAUGUAUUUGUCCUUGUUUAGAUGCCUUAUUUUUGCUGUGGAGACAGAAAAAAACGACGUAACAUUCUUAAGUUGUAAAUUUUGUUUUAAUUUGCAUGUGAAACUUCAGAAUUGUGAUUGGAACUAUAUAUAAACACACUCAUGACUAUUAAUGUAUAAAGAAAUUACUUAUUGAAAAACCGCUGCCUUACUAUAUACGUUAAAAAAAAAAUAAAGGAACACAAACACGGGGUGCUCAGAAAUCAAGUGUACAGGUUGUACAUGAAUGGGCAUUAGCCAAACCAAGUUACCUGCGCUGCCACUUUUUCUCAACUUGUAUGUUCUGCUUGCUGCUGUUUUAAAUAAAACAUCUCAGAUGGAAAAAAAAUUCCAAGAAGAACAAUAAAAAUCUUGAUACUUUA